CCAGGCACUUCCGGGAGCGCCGCGUGGAGUUGGUCGUUUUCGCAGCUUUCAGUAUGGCGGGCCUUGCUGACCCUCCCGGGCCGAUGCUGUCUUUGAACCCGCAGGAAGACGUAGAGUUUCGAAAGGAGGUAACGCAGGUUCGCCGGCGCGUAACCCAGCAACAAAAGCAAGAAAAGCUUAAGCGUGGAGUAAUCUAUGUUGGCCACCUACCUAGCACACUUGAUGAAACUCAGAUCCAAGCUUAUUUCUCCCAGUUUGGCACUAUUACAAGAUUAAGACUUUCCAGAAGUAAAAGGACUGGAAAUAGCAAAGGCUAUGCCUUUGUGGAAUUUGAGUCUGAUGAUGUUGCCAAGAUAGUUGCUGAAACAAUGAACAACUACCUUUUUGGUGAAAGACUUUUGCAGUGUCGUGUUGUGCCACGUGGAAAAGUACAUAAAGAACUUUUUAAGGGCUGCAAAACGCCAUUUAAACAGCCAUCACAUCCGGCAGUGAAACGGUAUAAUCAGAAACGGACACUUACACAAAGACUACAGAUGGAGAGGCGAUUUAAAAAGAAGGAAAGGUUACUCAGGAAGAAAUUAGCGAAAAAAGGAAUUGAUUAUAAUUUUCUUCCUUUGGUUUUACCUAAGGGAAAGAAACAACAGGUUUCGGGCACUACUGAGAAGACUGUGGAUAGCCAGGGCCCCACACCAGUUUGUACACCAGCAUUUUUGGAGAAACGAAAAUCUGAAGUGGCUGCAAUGAAUGAUGAUGAAGAUAAUGAAAUAGUUUUCAAACAGCCCAAAUCCAGUGUAAAAGAAGCACAAGAGACUCAAACACCUACUACACGUUCACAGAAAAAAAGACGAAGAAAAAGCAGUCAGUGACUCAAUAUACUAUGCAUAGCAUUUCUUCUGAAAAGUGCAGUUUUUGUUUCGUGGGCUGAUUCUAUGCUAGGUACAGUGAAAUGCAACCCUUGCCAAGGUUUUUUUUUUUUUCUGAAACAGAGCCUCCCUGCUGCCCAGGCUAGAGUGUCAAGGUGUCAGUUCACUCACACUGCUCAGACUCCUGGGUUCGAGUGAUCUUCCUGCCUCAUUGCCCAGCUAAUAUUUCUGCUUUUUCCUCUUCAUAGAGCUGGGGUCUCACUUUUGCUCAGGCUGGUCUCAAACUCCUGAAGUCAAAUGAUCCUCCUGCCUCUGCCUCCCAGAGUGCAGGGAUUAUAGGUAUGAGCCACCAUGCCCGACCCCUUGACAGUUUUUGUAGGAAAAACAUACUAUUUGGUCAAGUCAGUAAGGAAAGCUACUUGUAUUAUUUUGGCUUAUCUGUCCUUUCUAAAGUACAGGGGUGCAUACCAGCUUGCAGUGGUUGGGCUCACAUUCCCUCUUUUUCCUGGUCUCUUCUAGUUUAGAUUUCACAGCUUUCCCUAAUUACUUUGGCUAGAAGGCUUACCAUUAACUGCAGGUUUAAUUUAAGUACUAAACUGCAGCUGUUUUUCACUACCAGAUAAAAACCAUUAUCGUGCUUGACCGCCUACAUCAGGCGUCCUCAAACUAAUUUUUAAACGGGGCUAAUUCACUGUCCCUCAGACCAUUGGAGGGCUGGACCAUAGUUUAAAAAAAAAAAACAAAAAAACUAUGAACAAAAAUUCCUGUGCACACUGCACAUCUUAUUUUGAAGUAAAAAAACAAGACAGGAACAAAUACAAUCACACUGCCUCAUGUGGCCCACGGGCCGCAGUUUGAGGACGCCUGACAUGGUUGUGCACUUUUCACCCAGGAGGAUACUUUAGACCAGGGGUCCUCAAACAUGGGACGAUUGAAACUGGAAGUUAAAUUGUAUGAGGAAUGAAAAGGAAUUUUCAAUUGUUACUGCUGAUUCAUUUAGAUAAUAGUUCGAGUGUUAAUGAAGAUUCAAAAAUGACUGAUCUUUACCAUAAAAAUCAGUUAGCAUUUUAUAUCAGUAUCAUCUAUGGGGAAUUUCAAGAUUCAAACAAUGAUCAGCAAAUAAACUUUUUCUUAUAAAUUAUUGGUAUGCGUGUGGACUUAGGAGUCUUGGAAAAAUAUAGUGAAUUUUCUCCUCAUCUGUUUCUCAGUUUCUGAUACACUUAAUGUAUGUUUUUUGUACUGCUAAUCCAGAUUCAUUUAAAAUAUUGCCACCAUGUGUUUUUUUUUUCAUCUAAUAUUUAAAUCUUUAAGAUACUGGGCUAGGUGUUUCGAUGGAAAAUGCAAAACAAUUGAUAUUAAAUAUAUACAAAGAGCAGAUUAUACCUGAGAUACAGAAAAUGUUUAGUAUGUAUUUGUCAAAUGAAUGGCUCCCUUUUUUGAACCAUGUCUGGACUUUGUGGACCUGUUUUUAUUGUGUUUUAUUAUUGGUUUUGAGACAGCCUGGCUCUGGUCACCCAAGGUAGAGUGCUAUAACAUCAUCACAGCUCACAGCAACCUCCAGGGCACAAGCAAUCCUCUUGUCUCAUCCUCCCACAUGGCUGGGACUACAGGUUCCCACCGUAACCUGGCUAUUUUUCUAUUUUUGUAGAGACAAGGUCUCAAUCUUGAUCAGACUGGGUUCCAACUCCUGAGCUCAAGGGAUCCACCCCCCUCAGCCUCCCAGAGUGCAGUCGUGAGCCACUGUGCCUGGCCAACUUCGUGGAUCUGGAUGUCCCUUUGAUUUCCCCUUCUGGGAAAGUACCAUAUAAGCUCUCUUCCUUUUAUCCAAGGGAUAUGGGCAUUCAAAUGCAUGUGGCAAGGUGAAGUGAAUGUUUCCGCCUUCCUAAACUGUCAUCCACCAAGUUAAGACGGAGCAAGUGAGUUGAAGUGAGGGCAUAACUAAAAGCUGUGCAAUUAGUUUGACCACAACUAUGUAGAAGUAAUUUUUUUUUUAAUGGAAAGAUACAGAUCAAUACUAAUGCUGUGAAUAAGGUUUUUCCUAAUUUUUAACAAUAUGUUUCUUUCAUAUACUAUGUAUAAUCAGAACAAAAAGCAAUAAAGGGAAAAAAGGAAUUCAUAAACUACUUUCUGUAGUAGCCAGAUACUUCAUAAGCUGCAUGUUGGCCAUCAAAUGUAGGGAGUGUCAAAUGAAUAAAUGCCUCCAAAGGGUGUUUGAAUGUCAAACAGUGAAUGAAAGUUGACAGAAAUUCGUGAUGGAGUUUUCUGUUGCUAGCAUUGUUUGAACUGCAACAUGGCCAUAUCCAAGGCGACAGAUCACUAUGGCUGGAAAUUGUCCCUGGCAGAUUCGUGAUGGAAAACAAAAAACUAGGGUAGACUGUGGUAAUAUGAAUUCCACAAUCCCUUCAGUACAUCAGAGGAUAUUUGUUACUCAAAGACUGACUCAAGUUAGACACCUUAGGGCAACUGUCCUCUGUCGAGUGCCUGUUGCAGACUGCUGCUAUUCUUAGCCCAAGAAUGUUAAUUUCCCCUUAAUAUAGGCAGAAUAAUCACAUGGUGGUAAACUAGUCUGCAGGCCAACUCUGACCCACUGCCUGUGUUUGUAUUGCAUUUUUAAGUGAUUGGGGGAAAAUGAUUCAUAGUACAUGAAAAGGAAUUCAAAAGUUAGUGUCCAUAAAUGUUUUAUGGAAUAUAGCCACAUUCACAUACUUACAUGUGGUCUGUGGCUACUUUUGUGCUGUAAGUUCAGUUGUGACAGAUCUCACGUGGUUCUCUGCUUAGCAG